CAGUAGUAUACCAAUAGAUCUAAAACACCUAGCUGUUAGUCUGAAAGAUCUUAAGAUAGAUGAGUGAUCGUCAGGAUAUAUAUUCCCCAGAUCUACCCCGCGCAUCCACCCCAGACAUAGUUGUAUACUGUAACAAACUGUUAUCCAGCAUAUAAAAUCUUCAGUCUUUAAGUAGAAAUACUCCGGAUAACCUCGAACCCAAGCAAAAAGCUGUUUGCGUAUAACGAAAGCGGAUGGUUGCCCGGCGCAACAAACAAACUAUGACAUCGUCUACUCCACACUCUUGCAAGAUCCAACCUUCUUCAACCACUUCAUCAUCCAGGCAUCCUCAUCAACAUUAUCCGCUACACUGAACUGGUCUGGAAAGAUCACAUAAAACCCAAUAUAUACAAUAAUAUAAUACGAUCAAGAUGCCUCCUCGCCGCGGCAACACCGCCGCCCCCCGCUCCAACCAACAAUCCACCCUCUCAUUCGGCUCCAAGUCGAGAGUCACCAAGUCAUCCACAACAACCCCGUCCCAAAAAGCAAAAGACCUCGAACCUGUCGCCAACGUCGUCGUUCCUGAACAGCCCCCUUCGGAAGUUACACAACCCCAGCAGGCGCCGGUGAGCCCAGCGGAACCGACGAAGCUACACGUUGCGGAACUUGCAGUACGGCAGCAGGCCAAGGCGGAGAUCCAAGAGCCAUGGUCUGAAGAGGAUAAGAAGGCAGUUGGGAUUACGGAGAAUGAGCUGCAGCGGUAUUGGAGGAGUGAGGAACAAAGGCGAAAGGCACCGAGAGUUCACCAGGAGGAUAUCUCCUUGCAUGAGAAGAUUCUACGACAUUUCGAUCUAUCCAGUCAAUAUGGGCCGUGUAUCGGAAUCGCUCGUUUAAAGCGUUGGAGACGAGCAAACAUGAUGAACCUCAACCCGCCUAUUGAAGUGCUUGCAGUAUUGUUGAAGCAGAAGGAACAAGUGAAGCAACGGGCAUAUAUUGAUGAAUUGAUGUCGUGAAGAUCUGAGGCAAUAAUGAAUGGCGUUUGGAUAUGUUGAGCAAGGCGUUGGAAGUGCUAUGCAAAGCUGUUUUUAUUCCUAUCGUCUUGUCUUCAUGUCAGAAUUGGGAUUAUCUGACAUUGCUUCUGGGUUUAUAAAGUGGAAGUCAUCCUCGAGUUGGAUCGAGUUCGAUGAAUGUUCUCUCAAGAACUGAGACAGAGGAAUCCUACAUUAGUGAUACCUGUCAAAUGAACGGAGAGGACUGGAUGAAUUUACGCAUUAUUUAUGAAGUUUUAUAUGAAUCUUAAUAGAGGUUACAUCUUCUCUCC